GCGCCCCCUAGGGGCCGGAGAAGCCGAGGUGGGGUGAACAGCCCCGAGAUCCCACCGACUAAGGAAAAGGAGCUGGAACAGGAACUCUGGGGCUCUCAGACCCAAGCCAGCCUUCCUCCCCACCUCCCUCACCCCAGCCUGGAGCCCCUGAGCCGCUGCUCCCCCAGCCCGGGGCCCCCGCCAUGCCCAACUUAAUGAUCUCGGCGCUGCUGGCGCCAUCCCGCCUGACGCUGAAGCUUCUCCGAGUCCUCAUGUGGACUCUAGUGUACUGGGCGGCCUGCUUGACCGCCGUGGUCUACAGCUUCAUAGCCCUGGGCCACUUUCUGCGGCACCCCCAGCGGGGCUGCUGCGGGCAACCACACGGAACACCCCCGGCCUGCCUCUCCGACAGCGCCUGUGGGGAGCACCGCUAUCUUUCCCUAAAGAGCUCUGGACUGCGUCUGCACUGCGUCUCGGCUGGCGAGGGCAAUGGGCCGCUGAUGCUCUUCCUUCACGGCUUCCCUGAGAACUGGUUCUCCUGGCGCCACCAGCUGCAGGAAUUCCAAAGUCAUUUCCAUGUAGUGGCGCUGGAUCUAAGGGGUUAUGGGAGCUCGGAUGCCCCUUCCAACCUAGACUGCUACACUCUAGAGGCCCUGACGAUCGAUAUCAAGGACACCAUUGAGGCGCUAGGUUACUCUAAGUGCAUCCUAGUAGCUCACGACUGGGGCGGAAUCCUGGCGUGGAAUUUCUCCAUCUAUCACCCGGGGCUGCUGGACCGGAUGGUGGUGGUGAGCGCCGCCCCCAUGUCUGUGUACCAAGAGUAUGCCCUGCACCACUGGAGCCAGCUGUUUCACUCCAGCUACAUGUUCCUGUUCCAGCUGCCCUGGCUUCCUGAGAAGCUGCUCUCCAUCUCCGACUUCCAGAUCCUGAAGACCACCUUGGCACACCGCAAGACCGGGAUCCCAAACUUGACCCCGGAGGAGAUGGAGGCUUUCAUCUACGGCUUUUCCCAACGCCGGGCCCUCAUCGGCCCCCUCAACUACUACCGCAAUCUCUUCAGGCAAUUCCCUCUGGAGCCCCAGGAGCUGCUGAUACCAACACUGCUGCUGUGGGGAGACAAAGACCCCUAUCUGGAGGCUGGGCUGGUCUCUAGCAUCAGCAGCCGUUUCAUCCCCGGCCGGCUGCAGGCACACGUACUGCCUGGUGAGGGACACUGGAUCCCACAGUCUUGUCCUGAGCUGAUGAACCAGUACAUGUGGGCUUUUCUGCAGGAGCCCCAGGACUGAAGGCAUUUGUUUGUUCCCUGGCCUCCCCUCACCCCUGCCUGCCCUUCUUCCUCCUCCUCUGCCUCCCUCCGCCUAAACGGUCCAAGGGCAAGGGGAGAAGGGAUCCCAGCCCACCCUUUUCUUCCUGGGAAGGACCCCACCCCCUUUGGGCAAGAUGCCAAACAUGGAGCUCAAUUAGCUCGUCGGCCCAGCUCAGCCAGAACUCGGUGCCCUUCUCUCCCACCGCAUCUCUUAAACCCCCUCAUUCACUCAUUCAAUCGUAUUUAUUG